CCUCGGCGCGCCCGGGUUGGCUGCGGCGGGGACCGCAGCGGCGGCGGCCUCGAGAGCGGUAGUGGUUUCCACUCUGCCUGAUUAGUUUCCUCCGCCCCCUCCCGUCGGACGCUGCUGUGUGGUCGCCUUGCAAAAAUCAACUUUAUUGUUCCUCGGCCCCACCUCCUGGCGUGGCGCGCGUCCUCAGGAUGCACUGAGCCGGAGGGUACGGGCGGCGGCGGCGGGUCGCGGUCCCUCUCCUCCGAGCGCCCGGCCGGAGGGGAGGGAGUCACGAUGUCCGGGAGCCGCCAGGCCGGGUCAGGCUCCGCCGGGACCAGCCCGGGCUCCUCGGCGGCCUCCUCGGUGACUUCCGCCUCCUCGUCCUUAUCCUCUUCCCCGUCGCCCCCGUCCGUGGCGGCUUCGGCGGCGGCGCUGGUGUCCGGCGGGGCGGCCCAGGCCGCGGGCUCCGGCGGCGUCGGGGGCCCGGUGCGGCCUGUGUUGGUGGCGGCCGCCGUGUCCGGCAGCGGCGGCGGGAGCGGCGGCGGGGUGGUGUCCGCGGGCCUGUCCCGGCUCAGCUGCGCGGCCAGGCCCAGCGCCGGCGGAGGAGGGAGCGGCUCCAGCCUCGGCAGCGGCAGCAGGAAGCGACCUCUGCUCGCCCCCCUCUGCAACGGGCUCAUCAACUCCUACGAGGACAAAAGCAACGACUUCGUAUGCCCUAUCUGCUUUGAUAUGAUCGAGGAAGCAUACAUGACGAAAUGCGGCCACAGCUUUUGCUACAAGUGCAUUCACCAGAGUUUGGAGGACAACAAUAGAUGUCCCAAGUGUAACUACGUUGUGGAUAACAUUGACCAUCUGUAUCCUAAUUUCUUGGUGAAUGAGCUCAUUCUCAAACAGAAGCAAAGGUUUGAGGAGAAGAGGUUCAAAUUGGACCACUCAGUGAGUAGCACCAAUGGCCACAGGUGGCAAAUCUUUCAGGAUUUACUGGGAACUGACCAAGAUAACCUUGACUUGGCCAAUGUCAACCUCAUGUUGGAGCUCCUAGUGCAGAAGAAGAAGCAAUUGGAAGCAGAAUCACAUGCAGCCCAACUGCAGAUCCUUAUGGAAUUCCUCAAGGUUGCCAGAAGAAAUAAGAGAGAGCAACUGGAACAGAUCCAGAAGGAGCUAAGUGUUUUGGAAGAGGAUAUUAAAAGAGUGGAAGAAAUGAGCGGCUUAUACUCGCCCGUCAGCGAGGAUAGCACCGUGCCUCAGUUUGAAGCCCCUUCUCCAUCACACAGUAGUAUUAUUGAUUCCACAGAAUACAGCCAGCCUCCAGGUUUCAGUGGCAGUUCUCAGACAAAGAAACAGCCGUGGUAUAACAGCACAUUAGCUUCGAGACGGAAACGACUCACUGCUCAUUUUGAAGACUUAGAGCAAUGUUACUUUUCUACAAGGAUGUCUCGUAUCUCAGAUGACAGCCGGACGGCAAGCCAGCUGGACGACUUCCAGGAAUGCUUGUCCAAGUUCACUCGGUAUAACUCGGUGCGCCCGUUGGCCACCCUGUCGUACGCCAGUGAUCUGUAUAACGGCUCCAGCAUCGUCUCCAGCAUUGAGUUCGACCGGGAUUGUGACUAUUUCGCCAUUGCCGGGGUUACGAAGAAGAUCAAAGUGUACGAGUACGGCACGGUCAUCCAGGAUGCGGUGGACAUUCACUACCCUGAGAACGAGAUGACCUGCAACUCUAAGAUCAGCUGUAUCAGUUGGAGUAGUUACCAUAAGAACCUGUUAGCAAGCAGUGACUAUGAAGGCACCGUCAUCCUAUGGGAUGGGUUCACAGGACAGAGGUCAAAGGUCUAUCAGGAGCAUGAGAAGAGGUGUUGGAGCGUUGACUUUAAUUUGAUGGACCCUAAACUUUUGGCCUCGGGUUCUGAUGAUGCAAAAGUGAAGCUGUGGUCUACCAACCUGGACAACUCAGUGGCGAGCAUCGAGGCGAAGGCCAACGUGUGCUGUGUUAAAUUCAGCCCCUCCUCCAGGUACCACUUGGCAUUCGGCUGUGCAGAUCACUGUGUCCACUACUAUGACCUUCGUAACACUAAGCAGCCCAUCAUGGUGUUCAAAGGGCACCGGAAAGCAGUGUCUUACGCCAAGUUUGUGAGCGGUGAGGAAAUUGUCUCUGCCUCCACGGACAGCCAGCUGAAGCUGUGGAAUGUAGGGAAGCCGUACUGUCUGCGCUCCUUCAAGGGCCACAUCAACGAGAAGAACUUUGUAGGCCUCGCUUCCAACGGAGAUUACAUAGCCUGCGGAAGUGAAAACAACUCUCUUUACCUGUACUAUAAAGGACUUUCUAAGACUUUGCUAACUUUUAAGUUUGACACGGUCAAAAGUGUCCUGGACAAAGACCGGAAAGAAGACGACACGAACGAAUUCGUCAGCGCCGUGUGCUGGAGGGCGCUGCCAGACGGGGAGUCCAAUGUGCUGAUUGCUGCUAACAGUCAGGGUACAAUUAAGGUGCUGGAGUUGGUAUGAAGAGUUUACUCAAGUUCAGCUGCGCGUGGUCCUGCUAGAACACAGCUGCGGCUGACAGCGAGAGAAGACGGACCGUCACGUCACGUCACGUCACGUCUCUCCCCAGCGUCAUCAUGGGUUUUGGAUUUGUUUUGAGCAUUUUUUCCUUUCCUCCUCCUCCUCCUGUAUGACCUUUGGGACAUCGGGUCACCCAGUGACCUCUCCACCAUCAGUAUAACUCUAUGGACUUGGCUGCUGCUGGUGGUGUGGUUAUAUAAUUUUUGUGAUAGGGAAACAAAUUCUUUUGAAUAAAAAUAAAUAACAAAAAAUAAUAAAAGUUUAUUGAGCCACA